UUAAAGCAGCAGCAGGAACAGAAGCGGCUGCAGGAAACAUGUCGGCUGCUGACGGCCGGCCGGUGGAGAGACUCCAUCUACCCCCGGGCUGGAGACUCGUCCCCCCGGGGGAGGAGCACCGAGAUCCCCGCAGGGGGAGAGGACCGAGCCCGGGGACAGACCCGACCCGGGACCCGACCAGGGACCCGACCACUCUCCGGAGUUGUGUGAUCCGGAACCCGCGAGGCCCCCCCGAUGACGACCGGCGGCUGGGCAGGCACCCGCGUGGCCCCCCCGGGCCCUCGGCCCCCCCGCCCGGGCCCCCGGCCCCCCAGCUGGACGACAUGGAGCGCAUGGGGACUCUGUUCGGGAUGAUCAACAAGGGCCUGCGGGCCGUCGGCUUCAGCCAGAUGUUGUUCGGGGACCGGACGGUGGAGCCCGUCGUCAUCGUCUUCUUCUGGACGCUGCUCUGGUUCCUGGGGAUCCAGGCCCUGGGGCUGGUGGGGACGCUGUGCAUCAUCAUCAUCUACAUCCAGAAGUGAUGGGUCUGGGUCUGGGUCUGGACCUGGACCCGGACCUGGACCUGGGAUCCACCCAGGACUGACCUUCAUGUGGACACACGUCUCUGGGACUUAGUGUGAAGACCUGGUUUAGAUCUGGAGGAGGAACCUGGUCCUCGGGGGCUAAAGUCCUGCAGGUUUUAGUCCUCGUUUCCACGUAGCAGAAACGCUGGUGUUUUCAUUCGUUUUGGCCGUUCGUUUUCACGAAAACGAAGCUCAAAGUCUCUGUAGCUGCAAAAAUCUAAUGAGCUUUCUUUUAGGGCUGGGUGAUAUGGACCAAAAGUCAUAUCUGGAUAUUUUCUAGCUGAAUGUUGAUACUCGAUAUAUAUCGAUAUUUCUUCUGUGACAUAAUUGGCGUUUCCCCCAAAGCAUUAUAGCAUAGCAUCUCUGUUAGCAUCUCUGUUAGCUUCUCUGUUAGCAUCUCUGUUAGCAUCUCUGUUAGCAUCUCUGUUAGCAUCUCUGUUAGCUUCAUUUUUUCUGAGGCAAACCCUUAAAAAAACAGUCAGUUUUAAUACAAACCUCGUGCCAAAUGUCACACAGGUUCCUUUAUUAACAGAGGUCUGCACAAUAUCAAAAUGUAUAAAACAAAUGAAACAAAAAUAAACUGCCUGCAUAUAUAGAAUAAAAUGCUUCUUCAAUAAAAUAAAACAAAUAUCCCUUUCCUGCAUAACAAUUAAAUUAAAAUACACUGUGCAAUUAAUACAAUGUAGACAGUAACAGGCAGACUUUUCCACUGAGGUUGACAGUUGUGCAAAUAACAAAACAUUUGUGCAAAUCUCAAAUAAAACAUUCAAGUCAAUUUGUCACAAAAUAAGCUAGAUCAAAAUCAUAUAUUUAUAUCAAUAUAAACGAUAUUGUCUCGUACCAUAUUGCGUUUGAAAAUAUAUCCAUAUAUAUUAAAAUCUGGAUAUAUCGCCCAGCCCUACUUUCUUUCAACACAUUCAGUCCAUUCUUUCGUCUGGUUUUUCCACAUGGAAAGACUUACGCAGUGUCAGACUCCCAGCUGUCCUUUAAAUAAAUCCAAAGAGCGUUGUGAUUCACCGAUGCCUAGACUUUAUUGUAAAAAUAACAAACUUUAAAUAAAGAUGCAAUUAGAGUCCUUAAGUUUUAACAGAACAAUAUCUCCAAUGUUGAAGUUCUGUCCAUUUCUGCCUCUCUUGGCGUAGCAGACGUGUUCCUGUGUCCAUUUAUGCCAAAAAAGAUCGGCCAUGUACUGGACCUGUUUCCAGUUGGCGUAAAAAAAUCAUCAUUUCUGAAAACUCCGGCCAAAGUGGAGAUUUUUAAAAACUCUGUUUUCACGUUUGCUUGUAAACAGAGAGAAACGGACAUUUAUUCUUCAGAACGUCACAUUAUGAGACAGAAACGUCACCAGCAUCACGAGCAGUGUUGGUCAUAUUACUUUGAAAAAGUAAUUAAUUACUGAUUACUGAACCAAAAAAGUAAUCCUGUUACUUUACUGAUUACUUAUUUUCAAAAGUAAUUAGUUACAUUACUAGUUACUUCGUUACUUUUCAAAAACAUGAUGCACAACCUGAAUACACUUUACUGGAACAAUAUAAAACAAUAGAACUUUCAGUUUAAUUCUAUUCUUUGUGCAUAUUCCACCAUAUAAAAUUAAAUGACAAUAAGUAAAUGAAACGGUCUAUUUUUAAACUUGUUUUUAUUAUUUUCAGUCUUAAAUUUAUGCACAUUGCAUCAGGCAAAAUACAGCUCUCUCUGACUUGAACUACAAUCUAACCUGCGACAAGCUUCUUCAAUUCAGCUGCACUAAGUCCCGUUGGUCUUAAUCUAGUUUCACCUGUUUAGCAGCAGAGGGGCCACCGGCAGUUCUCCCUGGAGUCUGAUGAGGCAGCCGGCGCUGCAGCCCCAGUGGGGGAGGAGGAAUCCGAGCUUUCCUCCCACACAGACUUUACAGCGGACGAGAAUGCUUUUAUCACUUUUGACCGAGUCAAACUCAAAAUAAUGUCUGUAAUUCCAGGCGUUAAACGCCGCAUGCUCCUGCUCUCUCGCACUCCAUGUCGUCUCUGGUUUACCACUGACUUUGCGCCGCUCAUACGUCAGUAUGAGCGGCGCAAAGUCAUGAGAUAUUUUCACAAAACAAAUAUUGCAUUUUAGUAACGCAGUAACGCAGCCUUCUUUCAGAAAAGUAAAGGUAAUCUAAUUACUGUUUUUGCAAUUGUAAUCCCUUACUUUACUUGUUACUUGAAAAAGGCAAUCGGAUUACAGUAACGCGUUACUUCUAACGCGUUUCUGCCCAUCACUGGUCAUGAGUGACACCUGUGGUUACAAUUAGUUUGUAACCGUCAAUAUUUUCUUGUAUUUGACCUUUUUUUUAUUCUAACGUCACACUUAAAAGUAACUCCACUUCUCUGUCACUCCAAACCAAAGACUCGAAAGAGUAUGCUGCAGUUUUAACACGAGCUCCUAGCUGGCUCGCCAAUUAUUAUAAUAUAUAAUAUAAAAAUUACCACCAGGUGCAGGAACAGCUUCUUUCCCACAGCUGUCUCCCUGCUGAACUCUGACCCCCCCAGAUGAACGGAAUGCAGUUGGAUGCUAACUGCAUUCCGUUGCCCUGUACUUUUGACAUGUGCAAUGACACUUCUCUGUCUCUCCAAACCAAAGACUCUGGUUCAUCUUGGAAGUAACUGGAAGUUACUCGUGUCAUUUGUUGAUGUUUUUUUCCAGGAUUCUGAUUGGCUAGCAUGACUUUAUCUUCUCGUUACACUGCCCCCUGUAGGUUUGGCUGCUCAUAGCACCUUAACAGAUAUUUAUGCAGGUUCCUGGAAAUUAUGGGAUUUUUAUAAACGUAGAGGGGAAAAUAUCAAUUUUUUGUAAAUACCUGCUAUGUGGAAACGUGGCCUAAGUUGCUGCUUUGCAUCCAAACCUGAUUCUAAUUAAGGUCUUCGUCACUUCAUCACCAGGUCUCACUAGUCUGAUAACGACCGUCGUUUGUAUCCGGGUGUGUUGAAGGGAAACAUCUAAACCUGCAGGACUGUUGUUUCUCCAGGACCAGGUUUUUCCUCCUCUGAUCCAGACGGGCUGAUCUGCAGCAGAGCUGCCCCUGCUGGGGUUCAUUUCAAAUAAAACACUCAUUUGUUUCCUUAAAUCAAAUUCAACAAAGUUUCUUCUCAAUUCCUGCGGUCAGACGUCCUCGUCCGUCCGACCGACAGGAACCAACAUCUUCCAGCUCUUUAAUGUUGAGUUUACAGCUAAAGCUGCUGUUACAGACAACAGUUUUUACCAAAGUCUGGUCAAACAUGUCAAAGAUCAGCUGACGAGGUUUCACUGUGUCAGAAAAACCUCAAAUCCAGAACAAAUAUGGUGUUUUUGUAAGUGGGAGUAAAACAUAUCUUGAUGCUAAUGAGCACAAAGUGUUUCUAAAGGAUCCUGGCUGGAAAAACACUGCAAAAACUCUAAAUCUUACCAGGAAUAUUUGUCUUAUUUCUAGUUAAAAUGUCUCAUUUUUAGUCAAAAAAUCUCUUUACACUUAAAACAAGAGUCAUUACCAGAAAAAAAAUACUUAUUUGACAAUUUUCACCUGUUUCAAGUAAAUAUUCACUUGAAAUAAGUAGGAAAAUCUGCCAGUGGGACAAGAUUUAUCUUCUCAUUACAAGCAAAAAAAUCUUGUUCCACUGGCAGAUUUUUCUACUUAUUUUAAGUGAAAAUCUACUUGAAACAGGUGAAAAUUGUUGUUUCUUCCAGUGAUGAGUCUCGUUUUAAGUGUAAUGAGAUUUUUUUACUAAAAAUGAGACAUUUUAACUAGAAAUAAGACAAAUAUUCUGGUAAGAUUUAGAGUUCUUCCACCGACACGUCUGUCGUGUCUGGACUCUGUUUCUCCGUCGUCUUUACAUGAAAAGUUCAGUUUGUUUGUGCUGCAAAUGUUUCUGAUCAACUUCACUGGACUGACCGAACAAGGAUCUGUUUGUUCCAAUAACUUAAAUAAAAUCUGACGGCUACCGCCGAGAUCUUC